AUGACGCGAAAAUUAAAUCACAGAAUCGUUCUGCGGAACGGUUCUGCGAAGAACACAGUUUUGAAUAGAAAACAAGAAUUUCGAUUUUUUCUGCUUCAAAGAAAAGCUGUCCCUGAAGCUUCAUUUCCUGUCGUCCUAAACUCGAUUCCAAACCCACCAGCCAUUGAUCCUGCUCUCUUGAGUACUCUUCCAUUCCCAUACGCUGGUCUCUCCACUCAAACUCCAAAUUCAUCGACCACCCCAGCAGUCCAAUUCGUCCCACCAGCCAAUCCAUUGAAUUCCUUCUCCUCGAUUCCAUGGUUGAACUCAGUGAACAAUCCAUACCUUUUCGCUGCAAUGGGACUUCAGUUCUCAACCAUCCCAUUCCCGUAUUUGCCUUCAACCUCGUUUGCACAGCACAUUCCAACGUCUUCCAUCUUUCCAGGCUCUCAGCUCACACAAGCGGAAGAUUCAGUAAAGACUGCAGAUAUCGAUAAGGUCAUCAAAGAAGAGAAAUUAUGGCUCCCUCGACUUCUCAACCAACUUGCGAUAGAAACGAGAGUUGAGAAGUCAGCGAGCUUUGACCAGGAAUCAAGGAUUUCGGUUCGAACAAUCAAUUACUCUGAAAACGGAACGAAUUCAAACCAACAUCAUUUGCUUCAAUUAGAGGAAAUUGUGAAGAAUUUGGAGACUAAUCUAGUUCUUGGGCCUUAUCCACAUUUCUCAAAUUGUAAAUAUACAAACUAUCGAAAUGCUCUGGAAGAACUCGGAAGUCUACCAUAG